AGCUGCCGCAUCCAGGGAGGAACAUCAGGCCCCCUACAGUAGCCAUCAGAGCAGCAGAAGCCACAGUAUCAGGGACAGCUGGGGCUGGUCCUCAGGGACUACAGGUUGUCACAGAGGGCCAGGGCUGGCUGGCUUCUCCUGAGCAACGUCUUCUGUAUCCUUCUCCCCACCCCCUCCUUGUCCAGGGAGCCUUGUGUUUACAUCUUCCGUGACAGUGCUUCUUCUAGAAGCGGCCAGUGUGGCAGCUCUGGAGAAAAUAGUACAGAGCUCAUCUGAGAUCCCAGCUGGAGGACCUGGCAGGGGUGACUGAUGACCUAAAGGGGCUCAAGCAUCUGAGAAGACCAAGGAGAAGCAGCUAUCCAGCACAAGGGCUCAAGAACCCCCAUCCUCAUUUUGGAAUGGAGUGGUAAGGUUCUGAAACCACCCAGGUUGCUCUGACAUCAGGUGCUGCAGGAGGACACAGAUCAUGGAAACGGCGGUGAUUGGGAUGGUGGCAGUACUGUUCGUGGUCACUGUGGCCAUCACCUGCAUCCUCUGCUGCUUCAGCUACGACUCAAAGACGCAGGAUCUUCAGGGGGGCCCUAGUCACAGCUUCACAGUGGCCACAUUUCACCAAGAGGCUUCUCUCUUCACGGUGCCUGGUCGCCAAGUGUUGAGCACUGGGGACUUCUGGACCAUCAUGUGAGGUGAACAAUCCCCCAGGAUUUGCUCUGCUGGGGGAGGGGCAGACUACAAGCCCUCCUCGGUGUCUUACUCCUCUCAGGCUCUCCUUUCCGGUACCCACAAACUUCCCAUCUCCUCCCAUCCUGGCUUGCUGUGCCCUCCUACCUGGAGGAAUAGGAGGUGUUUGAACCAGGUGGGACUCAGUUCUUAGCUCUGAUUGCUCAGCUGAGCACUAUCCACAGGUGUGGGAUGGGGGUGGGGGUGGGGCUCAGACUAGGCCUGAGGGAGUGUGGACAGACCCAAUGUGGUAUGGCAUGGUGGGCCCACUCUGUGGAUAUACACUGGAAUUUACUGACACCAAAGCCGUCUGCAAUGGGUUUUAUUGCCACCCAAGGAAGGGAUACCCUCUAGCAGGGAUUUUUAAGGAACCAUCUAUUUCUUCCCCUGAGUAUUUUUUUUGAACAUACCAUCAAUGUCCAGCCCUGAGGCUGGUCUCUGCCAGUUGCCUGAAAUCAGCCUUGACCUUCCGGAAAGAGCGAUGCUUCCUGGGAAGAAGUGAUUUAUUUGAUCAUUGCGAAGAUACAUCCUUUUAUGGAUUUUUCCAAAUCUGGUUUGGAAAAUCACAAAAGGGAAACAGAAGAGAAAAAUCAGAGUCUUAGAAAGUACAAGAUGUUUUUCUUAACAGGAAAGUGAAAAAGAAGACUCAAACAUGUUUUGACGGCGACUUGAUAUUGCUAAACUCUCAUAGGUUGCUUCUAUUCUUAGUGAAUGCGAGUGAUUUGCGUCAGCUGUAGAAAAAUCUUGAACUCUUUGAAAGAUAAUUCCAAAAAAAGUUAAAAUGUGAUGUUACAUUCAGAGCAUGUAACAAAGCCCUUGUUGUUGCUACAAAUAAAGGGGCAGUUAGUUUUUAUUAA